UCCAAAACUAAAAAUAAAAUACUCCAUAACUAAGAAUUUAAAUACACCCCUCUCUCUCACUCCAAUUUUCAAAUCCAAAGAAAUCAGGAAUUGCUGUCUUUGCUUCUCCCCUUCCGUCUUCCUCCCCGACAGCAAAAUUAACCCUAGAAAUGGCGAUCGCAGCUGAGACGCAGUCGGAGCAGCAACAUCAACCCAAGGCUCCACCUGAAGGCACAGGCGAGGAGAAACAGAGGUGGACUCUCAGUGAUUUUGACAUAGGAAAGCCUCUUGGGAGAGGAAAAUUUGGUCACGUGUAUUUAGCUAGGGAGAAGAGGAGCAAUCACAUUGUGGCACUAAAAGUUCUGUUCAAGACCCAACUAAAACAAUCUCAGGUUGAGCACCAACUUCGCCGUGAAGUUGAGAUACAAAGUCACCUUAGGCAUUCAAAUAUACUGAGACUCUAUGGCUACUUUUAUGAUCAGAAACGAGUGUAUUUGAUACUGGAGCAUGCAGCUAAGGGUGAACUUUACAAGGAAUUGCAAAAAUGCAAAUAUUUUAGUGAAAGGCGUGCUGCUACUUAUGUUGCAUCGUUAGCUAGAGCCCUCAUAUACUUGCAUGGAAAACAUGUUAUACACAGAGAUAUCAAACCAGAGAAUCUUUUAGUUGGUGCUCAGGGUGAACUUAAAAUUGCUGAUUUUGGUUGGUCUGUGCACACAUUCAAUCGCAGACGGACGAUGUGUGGCACUCUGGAUUAUUUACCGCCUGAGAUGGUGGAGAGCGUUGAGCAUGAUGCAAAUGUUGACAUUUGGAGCCUUGGUGUCCUCUGCUAUGAGUUCUUGUAUGGGGUGCCUCCUUUUGAAGCAAAGGAACACUCAGACACUUACAGAAGGAUAGUGCAAGUUGAUCUGAAAUUCCCUCCGAAGCCCAUAGUCUCCUCUGCUGCAAAAGACAUGAUUAGUCAGAUGCUAGUAAAGGAUAGUUCGAAGCGCCUGCCUCUGAUCAAGGUACUUGAGCAUCCAUGGAUCGUCCAAAAUGCGGAGCCUUCUGGAGUUUUUAAGGGUUAAUCGACCCCUUACUUAUAUCACUUAAAGGCCAAGUCUGUAUACUUACGUCUCAAAAUCAGUGUUGUGUAUCAAGUGGAAGUAAAUAUGUUCUAUUAAAACAAUCAUUCUAUUUUACAUUUCACAUUUCAUUUGUUGAUCUCUAGUUACUAUCAAUUUGUUGAAAUUAGAUAUUCAUAACACAGUGAACAAUGGGUCCUUAUUUGUUAUGAUUCACAGCAUUGUGUUGUUUUUACAAAAAAGGUGGUUACAUUUUUUAGACUAUGACUACGUUACUUCAUGCCG